AUGGCAAAACAAGUUGCAAUUAUAGGCGCUGGCCUAUCUGGCCUCACUCUUGCUUUGGCCUUGCACCAGCAAGGGAUCAAUGCAACAGUGUAUGAAUCACGAUCUUCACCCCUCAACAUUGGUGGUGCUGUCAUGCUGUCACCAAAUGCAUUGAAAGUCCUCAAUGAUCUCGGCUUGUACCAGAAGGUGCAGUCUAGGGGGUACAACUUCGACUUAUUGGAGUUUCUAAAAUCCAAUGGCGAACUCAUCGAGACCUACGAGUUCGGCAGCAAAGAAAAGUAUGGCUUUCAGGGGAAUCGCAUUUAUCGACAUGAACUUAUCGACGUCGUUCUUUCCGAAGUUCUUGCGAAGAAGAUCCCGGUCGUGUUCGGGCGCAAAUAUCUGCGAGUCGUCGAAGAAACCGACGACCACAUUGUCUGGGAAUCUACAGAUGGCCAGAAAUCGGAGGCGUCGCUCCUCAUUGGCGCAGAUGGAAUCCACUCAUCUGUGCGGAAAUACAUCUACCCAGACAUUGAGCCAAAAUUCGUUGGGAUGGCAGGCAUUACUGCAGCAGUCCCCGCGAGCCAAGUCGUCUACCAAGGCGGACGUAUCGACAAGCCGCUGACCAUCAUCUCAAAGGACAAAGGUGCAUUUGUCAUUGCGCCACAAAAGGCAGACGCUUCAGAAAUGUUUUUCGGGAGGCAGAGACAUAUCGAAGAGCAGGACCGUGAGGGAUGGGAGAAAUUCUUGGCGGAUAAGGAGUCUUUGGUUAAGUUUCUCCAAGCCGAUGCCGAAGUGUUCGGUGAGGUCGCCGUUACUGCAACAAAGUCCAUUCCCCACGAUAAGAUCAAUGUUUGGCCUUUCUACAUCAUCCCGCCACUCAAGACAUGGGCAUCCGAGAAGGGAAGAGUUAUCAUCAUGGGCGACGCUGCACACGCAAUUCCACCAAGUGCUGGACAAGGUAUCAACCAGGCCUUUGAGGACGUAUAUAUGUUCGCUCUCCUCCUUGCAGAAGCAGGAAAGGGCAAAGUCAAGCUUGAGGAUGCCCUGAAGACAUGGCUGUCAUACCGACAGGAUCGAAUCAAUAAGGUGCUGGAAUUGAACAAGCAGAUUGACUUGAGGAGAAUGCCAGUUCCAGGCGGUGCUGAGGUUGCCAAACAGGAGUUUGACCUGAGCUGGCUGUACAACCCUGACUUCAAGGCUGAAGUUGAAACCUGGGUCAUUAUGAUGAACUAA